GUCUGUCUGUCUUUCUCUCUUCCCCCAACCCUCCACAGAUCAGGAUGUAGUGCCUGCAUGCCACCAUCCUUCCAACCAUGAUGAUAAUUGGACUAAACCUCUGAAGUUUUAAGAAAGCCUGAAGUGAGAGAUGUUGGAUGCCUUUACAGAAACUACGGCAUACUUACACCCUAGUUAGUCAGCGCCAGGCUGGGGCUGUGCUGAACAUGACUUUUGGAGAGAAGGUCAUCAAAUGAGGGCCACACCCGUGAGUUUCUCUCCAUCCAGAAGCGAAUUCAGCCAUCUGGACGCAGAAGAAGAAAAUCCUUGAGAGAGCAUUGGUGGGGUGCCCUGCAUGGCAUUCGUUACAGUGACAUCCUUUUGCCCCUGCUGGGGGCAACUUUGCUCUGUAUCUAGCUUCACCACUGUGCUCCUCUGGGAGCUGCCUCCCAUUCAUCCUUCCUCACUGCAUUGCUCACGAGGAUUGGAGGCUGGGGUGGGGUGGGGGGAGUUUCCCAGCCUGGGCUUUUUCCUGAGGGAGGGUGGUGUCACCGGUCCUUGUUCCACCAACUAGGGCAUGAGACAGAGAUGACUCAGGGAACCUGGUCAAACUGUACCCUGAGUUCCUUUCUAAUUGCCGGAAACUGAACACCAGGCACGGCCCUCCGCCUCAGGCAUAGUCCUUCCCACACGCUGUAAUCCCCAGCACUUAGUUGGGCACCAGGGGAGUCCUUGGGCAGCAAUGGAGCAAUGGAGGGGGAACACCUAAGCUUUAGGGGUGAGUGCCAGUCACUUUCGAGUAACUUCGGGGCCCAGAGGUAUCUUCUCUCCACACCUGGGAACAGGGAGAAUGUGCAAAUGUGGACCCACAAAACAGCCUGGGGAACCGGAGACGCUGGGUCCCUUUGCUUGGGCGUGCAUUUGUUGAUGUGCAUGGUCGAGGCAGAGUGGCCACGCGUCUGUUCCGGUGUGGACGCAAUUCAUGCCUGUUUCUGAGAACAGAAACAAGAGCUUGUUUUUGGCCAGAGCUCAGCUGAUUUGGGUUAGUGCGAGCGGAUGCACAACUUUCUGCUGAAGCGUUCCUCGUGGCUGUGUGAAUGUCAAAGGCACCUGCGGUUCUGAAGCUUAGGGAUGCUUUCACCCGCAGCUAAGCGAGUGCGAAAGACCCUCUCGCCCCUGGGCUGUCACGCCUGCUCGGGUGGUGGUGCAGGAUCCGGGUUCAGCCCUCAAGCUACGCAGAGUUCGGCGGCAGUGGGGAUGAGGGGGAGGAGAAGGGAGCGGAGACCCAGGCAGUGGUAGCUCCCGCCCAGAGGCUCUGCAAACCCUCCAGGGGCGCAGAGAAGUGCGGGAACCUACACUGCACAGCGCGGGAUGGGAUCCCGGAUUCUGUUAGCGGAUGCAAAAACCACAGUGCAGGAUUUGGACGGUCUGGUGCGGGAGGAGAACGUUCAGUCCCCUGUGCAGUCUGUUCGCCUGCUCCCCAAUAGUCUCCAGGUGAGCGAUGCCAAGGACUGCUGGAGUGCCGGCUGGGAGGCAGACAUGCUAGAGUACCCUAACGGAUCCUUCUGGUGACACUCAUCUUCCUGGCUGUAUCUAGUGAAAUCCUCUUAGAACCCAGGACUGCUCACCCUGCCUGAGAGCCCGGCCAUGAGGCACAGGAACCCAUUGGAAUGGACAGCAAAAGGUUGUAGGCUCCAGGCCAGGCAUUAAAGAGGUUGUGACGCCAAACUCUCCCUGGUUUGCUCACACGUUCUGGACGAAUCCACCGUGGCUGUUUCCUUACCCCGCCCCCACCCCCACCCCCAUCCUCAGCAAUGACCUGCAGGAGUAUAGAUCGCUUCAGCUAUAAAAACUGUGAAAGCUCGGUCAGCGCUCUGAUUGGUGGAGAGAUCUACUGCGGAUGCUCCCCCUCCCCCAAGAUCAGACAAUAAGAGACCAGAGCUCCUGGGGACAAGGCGUCUACAGCCCCGUGUCUUCCCGAGUAGACACUUCGCUGUCGGCCGUGCCGUGCUCGGGUUACCAGAGAUACCAUGGGCUUCUGGAAGUUCUUUCCCUGUCUGGCUCUCAGCAGCAUAUGGGUCCUGUGCCUGGCCAGCAGCCUCCAGGCGUCACCUUUCAGGUCAGCUCUGGAGAGCAGCCUAGACCUGGCUACCCUCAGCAAAGAGGAAAAACACCUGCUGGCCACACUGCUGCAGAGCUAUGAUCAGAUGAAGGCCAGAAAGCUGGUACAGAAGGAGCAGGAGGCUGAGGGCUCCAGCUACCGCAACAAGCGGCAGGCAGGUACUCCUGAGACGAAGCUGCGGAUCCUGCUCUUAGCCUCAGAAAGCAACACUGCCCAGAAGAGAUCUUGCAACACUGCCACCUGUGUGACCCAUCGGCUGGCAGGCUUGCUGAGCAGAUCGGGAGGUGUGAUGAAGGAGAACUUCGUGCCCACCGAUGUGGGCUCCAAAGCCUUUGGCCGGCGCCGCAGGGACUUUCAGGCCUGAGUAACCAAUGGUCCCAGGAAGAAGGUUACAUAGAGCUGAACUCACCACACCUAUUAAUGUUUAUUAAAAACAACCUGGUGAGAAGACCCCGUGGACAAUGCGUACGCUUGCAUCCUGACAGAUUCCUGAGUAAAGCACUGUUGUUUCUUGAGAGCAAAGAAACCGGGUAUAAAUGAGUUAAUUCUGUGUUUGUUUGCAUCAGUCUUAUACUGAGUCUGUGGCUAGUCAAUGUGAUGGCAUCUCCCACUGGCUUUCCUAGCAGCAAACCACAAAGGUUCCCCAAGAGCCAUUCAGCUGAUGGUGGCAGCCUUGUUGAACCUUAGGGAGAUGUCAAAUCACUGCCUCUUACAGCCGCUGGGAACUCAUGGUAGAGGAAGUGCUAUGCCUUGAUGUCUCAGAACAUGAUUGUAUAUUUAUUUAAGGAAAUGUCAAAAUUGUACCAUUUGUGAACUUCAUCAAGAUUAAAACAUAUUUUGGAUACAUUUGUUUUGAAGUUGGUGGUGGUCCAGUUCAACUUUCUUCCUAUGUAAUAAUAGUAAUAGU